GUUACGUCGGCGUUUGUUCCCGGAAAACCGACAUAAAUCACAUCAAAUACGUGCAAACGGAAAGAGAGUGUUGAUUAGACUCACAGAGGAGGAAAACAUUUCAUAGAAGUGAAUUUGUGUUUGUUGUUUGGUUUUUCCCCCAUAUGCGCUUAUAAUGGGAGAAGCCGGCGGUCGUUUCCAAACAAGCUCUUCAGUGGACAAAUCCAACUAGACUUCAUUAAGAGCGCGCGCGUGAACAGACCUUCACUUCUGCAACCGUUUCCUCUGAAUCUGUUUUAUGUCUGGGUGUUGUCGGGAGAAACCGUGAAACAUUUCCUGCUGUUCUUGGACGACGGAGAAUCUUUUGGUUUAUCCCGAGCUCAGGCUGAUGGAAUUGCGCUGAGCAACGCUUAAGAAAACGAGGAAAUACCCACAGAGCUCCAAUAUCACAGACCUCUGAUUUCUCCCUGCGGCUCGUUCCCAGGAUCAGCAAUCAUCUGUGUGACCUCUAUAACUGACCUCAUGAGGACGGCUAAGGGAGAUGGAACGUAACAGAAUUUUCUUCUUUACUCUCUAUUGCAUUCCCACGAUAAUACACCAGGGCUGAGCACAACCACGGCCCCUCGUCCACCCCAACCCUUCCACAGUCCCCCCAUUCCGUUCCUUCCUCUUGCUCCCUGAAAGACCAAAACAAACCAGCGGGACCCCUUUUUCUUGUUCUGUUAUAAUAGUUUAACUUUCCUUUGCCCUUCACCCGUGACAAAGCAAAGCGGAAGUCAAUAAACCGGUGAAGCGGAGAAGGAAAAACAAGACAGUCAUGUAUCUGCCCCAUGCCUUCAAACGCAAUUUGGGCCAUGCCCGCAAUUCAGAGGCCACCCACGCAGUUACUCUCCUCUGGUUGGCUCUGUGGAUCACCUUUGCAUCGUGUCAGCGCAUUGAUCCUGGCUCCAAAUAUCCCACCGUCACCACAAACUACGGAAAGUUGCGUGGGAUUAAAAAAGAGCUUAACAAUGAGAUUCUGGGUCCCGUUGAACAGUACCUUGGCGUCCCCUAUGCCACAGCACCAAUCGGAGACCGUCGUUUUCAACCACCAGAAGCUCCUGGGUCUUGGCAGGAAGUGCGGAACGCUACACAGUUUGCUCCUGUUUGCCCACAGAACGUGCAUGGUGUUUUACCUGAGAUCAUGCUGCCCGUGUGGUUUACCGACAACUUGGAUGUGGCCGCCACCUACAUUCAGAAUCAGAGUGAAGACUGUCUCUACCUCAACGUCUAUGUGCCCACAGAGGACGGUCCACUCACAAAAAAACACGAUGAAUCGACACUGAACCGGCCACGAGAUGAAGACAUCCGCGACCGCAGGAAGAAACCAGUCAUGCUGUUCAUUCACGGUGGCUCUUACAUGGAAGGAACCGGAAACAUGUUUGACGCCAGUGUGCUUGCGGCAUAUGGGAACGUCAUUGUAGUCACCAUGAACUAUAGGCUGGGAGUUCUGGGUUUUCUUAGCACAGGAGAUCAGUCUGCUAAAGGGAACUAUGGCCUGUUGGAUCAAAUCCAGGCCUUGCGUUGGCUGAAUGAGAAUAUUGGACACUUUGGUGGCGAUCCUGAACGGAUCACGAUCUUUGGCUCUGGGGCGGGAGCGUCUUGUGUCAACCUACUCAUCCUGUCACACCACUCUGAGGGCCUGUUUCAGAGAGCCAUCGCUCAGAGUGGUACAGCCAUCUCCAGCUGGUCCAUUAGCUACCAGCCACUGAAGUACACUAAGAUUCUGGCCCGUAAAGUGGGAUGCACAUAUGGGGAGACCGCAGACCUGGUGGAUUGUCUCCGCAGGAAAAACUUCAGAGAGUUGGUGGAUCAGGACAUCCAGCCGGCCCGCUACCACAUUGCAUUUGGACCCGUGAUGGACGGAGACGUUGUGCCAGAUGACCCCGAGAUCCUGAUGCAGCAGGGGGAGUUCUUGAACUACGACCUUCUGAUUGGUGUAAAUCAGGGAGAGGGGCUGAAGUUUGUGGAUGAUGGGGGCACUGAGAGUGAAGAGGGCAUUUCAGCUGCAGCUUUUGACUACACCAUCUCCAACUUUGUGGAUAACCUCUAUGGCUAUCCUAAAGGUAAAGACAUCCUGAGGGAGACUAUUAAGUUCAUGUACACAGACUGGGCAGACCGAGACAAUGGUGAAAUGCGGCGCAAGACUCUCCUGGCGUUGUUCACGGAUCACCAGUGGGUGGCUCCAGCCGUAGCUACUGCCAAGCUCCACGCAGACUACCAGUCUCCCGUCUACUUCUACACCUUCUAUCACCACUGCCAGACCGAGACCCGACCCGAGUGGGCAGACGCUGCUCACGGGGAUGAGAUACCAUAUGUGUUCGGGGUGCCCAUGAUCGGAGCAACAGACCUCUUCCCUUGCAACUUUUCCAAAAAUGAUGUCAUGCUUAGCGCUGUGGUGAUGACUUACUGGACCAACUUUGCCAAGACCGGGGAUCCCAACUUGCCUGUUCCUCAGGACACCAAGUUCAUCCACACCAAACCCAACCGCUUUGAGGAAGUGAUCUGGACCAAGUUCAAUUCCAAAGACAAGCAGUAUCUCCACAUUGGCCUGAAGCCUCGCAUCCGGGACAACUACCGAGCGAAUAAGGUUGCCUUCUGGCUGGAACUGGUUCCUCACCUCCACAACCUUCACGAGGAGGUCUUCAGCACCGCCACAACCCGGCUGCCUCCAGGAACCGCCCGCACCCCACCCUGGAAGGGUCAGGGACCUCGUACCACACGCCAUCCCAUCCCAACCUACCCUUCAGAAUCGGACCCAGACAGCUCAGAGCCCCCUCGAUUCCCUCCCUUCCCAAGCGACACCCGGGACUACUCUACCGAACUGAGCGUGACGGUAGCUGUCGGUGCAUCGCUCCUCUUCCUCAACAUCCUUGCCUUCGCCGCACUUUACUACAAACGCGACAAACGGCACGAGAUGCGACGGCACCGACUGUCCCCGCAGCGAGGCGUACCUGCUAAUGAUUUAGCACACAGCCAAGAGGAAGAGAUCAUGUCCCUGCAAAUGAAGCACUCGGAGCAUGACCCCCACCAUGACAUGGAGCCGCUGCGACCGCAUGAUAUUUUACGUCCCUCAUGUCCACCCGAUUACACAUUGGCACUUCGACGGGCACCGGACGAUGUUCCCCUCAUGACCCCCAAUACUAUCACAAUGAUUCCCAGCACCAUUACUGGCAUGCAACCCCUCCAUGCCUUCAACACUUUCCCUACAACCACCGGCCACAACAACACCUUACCCCACCCUCACUCCACCACCCGUGUAUAGUAGCGCCCCUAAACGAGAGGACUAGCUCUCAUACACAUCCAGUUUUCUCUCUCUGCCCACCUUUUCAAGCUCCUAAACUUCUUGAGCAGUGACAGCGCAUCCUGUCGGCGUUCUCAUAGACACAAUCAAGGAUUGGUAGAAGUUGUACAAACUAGAGGAGCUCAAUGGUGAGCAACAGAUUUGGUCGGCAGUGACAAGUCACCAGCCUCGCACUGGAUUCAACUUGCUGUUCGUUUUUACACAUUGUUCUUAAAGAAAUUGGGCGUCAGUGAUUGACUGAGCUGAUCCGAUGUCAUAAGGAGAAAUGGGGACAUUUACCCACUUUUCUUCUCUCAGUAAAUUGGCAGAGUGCAGAUUUCAUCCAUCCUUUUGUUAUUCCAUUAGCAGCCCAUCGCUCUCUGUCUGAAUGUGAUCUGUGUCCUUGGGUUAUGUUUUACAUGAAUCACAAGGGCAUUCGAUAAAAGGCGCAAGCUGGAUAUGUUGUGUUUACCUGCAGUUUUGUGUCAAGUAUUAAACCAUUCCUUGUAACAAGACACAAAGAGAGAAAAUGACAGCAUCUGACAGAAGACGAAAACAAAAGUGCCAACAUCCUCUCUUUUCUUUUUUCCGCUCUCGCUCUGCACUGUGCGUGUCAUUUUAUCACACAUAUUUGACUUGGCUAUGUGUUGUUUCUUAGGAAGAUUUUUGUAUGUAUAAAUAUAAAGACAAAUAUAUAAAAGAAUGAUUUAAAUAUAUAUUUACAUGGAUUGCUCUGUGGGAUCUAUGCAUGAAAUAUUUUAAAGCACCAAGAAGGACUUUUUUUGUUUGUUCGUUUGUUUUUGAAGUUUGCUUGAUUCUCCUUCUCUGCAGUGGUAUUUUCAUCAGUAUUAGUCCAAAUGUAACCUCCUCAGUCGGACCACUCUAUAGGACAGUAACCUCUCUCUGUAUCCAGAAAGAGAGCUAUCGACAAUAUUCUUUUUAAUGCUUUUUGACAUUCAUAUACAGAUGUUGGUGCUAUUAUUUGACCAUCAACCAUGUAGUGCUCUUCCAGAGCCAUCUGGGAUGGUCCGAACAAUUGCAUAAAUACAGCAAAUAGCAAAUGCAUAUGUACAAUACAAAUGAUGCUCUUACACCUCAGCCCAUCUUUCUCUCUCUGUGUCCUCUCUCGUCUAUCUCUGUCCUUAUUCUUUCAGUUCAACACCAUUUGGUUUUUACCAACCAAGUUUAAUAAGCAUCUUUUUGUGUAUUUGUGCGUGUGCACACAUAAAGAGAGUGUGUUUUCUAGGCAAUAGCCAUGUGUCCUGUACAUUUGUGGGCUUAUAUGAGGUAAGAGAAUAUGUGACGGAGAGGCACAGCGAGAGAGAGAAGUCCUCAUAACACAGAAAUCUUUGGCCCUCUAUCAUUCAGGAAAACCUACCUGGCCAUUUAACAUACUAAAUAUUUGGGAAUAGACUGGAAGCACUGCUAAUAUCAGUUUGAUGUGUUCACCCACAUCUCUACACAUCUCAUCUGUCUGCACUGCACACUUUUUGACAAGGUUAUGACAAGCACAGCAAAUAGUGGUGGCAAACUAGAUCUUUAUAUAGAAAAAUCAAACAGAUUGUUUCUUCAGAAUACAUGUUCAGGUUAAAGAACAAAUGGCUCUGAAUCACUGGACAGUAGCUGUGGGAUAAACAUGAUCACUUAUGUUCUCUUGCCUUGUUAGUCAUAUUUUUCUGCCACUGCUGUGUCACGGGAGGAUGACGGAUUGUGAAAUGGGUUUGUCUCACUGUUGGCUCCAGUGUAUUGAGCCCGAGAUGCCCAGGACCAUCAUGAUGGAGCAAGAACUAACGCCAGUAUGCUGCACAUAGUACUAAACAUGAACAGACUCUAAUUCCUGAGCAAACAUGCUGGAGGUUCAUUCAUGAAAACAGAACUUUCUUCCGCAGUGUUUGACUGAAAACAACAACAACCGGACAAUAAACGAAGGGAGAUUGGAACAAACUUUUGGUUGCAAGUACCUUCCUGAGAUCCGAGAGUGAAGGUUGGACCUGUGAAUAUGUACCAUCUGUGGACUUUUGUGUGGUUGUAGGUAUAACUGAACUCCAUUUGAACCUCCCUCAACCUCAGUUCUAAUAAUCAGUAGUUCUUACUCUUUUGUUAUUUCUCUCGUUUGUUUUUGGACGCUCAACCACUAGAGUGUAAUGUCGUGGUACAUACAGAAUAAAGAGUCUACAUCCAUUCCGAGCCAUUCAUUGGGUCUUCAGUAGACGUACAGUGAGAGAAGGAGGAAUAGAAAUGAACUGUACAUUUUUAAGUGUAAGAACAAAUCAACUGAAAAUAUUUGUAAAUAUUCAGUUACUUGUUUAAAUGUUUUGUUUGUUCUUCUUUUCUUUUGGUUUUCUUUCUGGUUUGAAAUUUGAAAUACGUUGUGACCAGGACAACAGGUGCAAGUUCUAAUUCAGCCACCAGCAAAAUUGAUGAAUCUGAUUCGUUAAAUUCACUUUCUGCUGCUUCAUUUAGUUUUGAGAUCAGAGGAUGGAGAGGAUGAAUUGCUCCCAUAUUUAAGCAUAAAGAGAUAUAACGAGUGUAUUAUGUAGCAUACCAAUGUCACUUGAAUCAUCACAGCUAGUCAUAUUUCUGCACAAGUAUGAUUGGCUGUCUGUUUCUUGUACAUAUCCUACCAGUUUUCAAAAUUCUUUGAUAUGAAGAUGGACUAGAACAUCAAGGUUAUUUAAGCAAAGCACUGGAAACUAUGGUGGUUAUGAGUAGUUUUUAAUCUGCCAUGAACUUGUUGUAGCAUUGAAGUCUUACCAAACGGUGUUAGAGAUUUUAUGAAACAUCUAAAAUAGGGAGAAAAUAUUGUUUUAUGGUCUCAUUUGUACACUUUAUUAUACAUUUUAUUUUAUUUUUUGAAUGAAUUAAGCAUCUAGUGAAAUAAUGCCAAAUUAAAGGUGCACAAGGAUCUGGAUAUGUCAAGUCUGAUGGUUUAAAGAUUACUGAAUAAAUGAAACACACGUUAUUCCUCUAAGAAAAUAAAUACUGGGUCCUAAAGCAAAUUUACACCUGUUGCCCUGUUUUACUAUAUAUAUGUUCAGAAUCAGAACACCACAGUUGAUGAAGAAUACACAUGUUAAUAAUGGAUUUU